UUAUUCUUAUUACUGUAUACAUUUAUAUUAAACAUCUUAUUGUUAUUAUUAUAUUUAUAUAGUGUUAGUUGUCUUUGUUUGUCGCUACAUAUAUAUAUACCCUAGAUUCUAGAACCCAACAUUUGGGGGCUCGUCCGUUUAGCAUGGCUACUACCAGGAGUGCCAGAAGACAGCUAAUAAGUGACUUGAAGGAGGAGGGAAAGCUAAUCGGGCUGACCGAUGACAGUUUGGCGGAGUGGGUGAAGGAAGAGUUGAGGAGGGUGGAAGAUGCGAAGGUCGAGGUUGUAGCAAAGGUAUGUAACCCUGUACCCCGCUUGAGGGACGUGGCGGCGAUGACGGUGGACGAAGACCUGGGUGCGUAUGUGAGGCAUUUUGAGAGUCAGGCAAAGAGACAAGGCAUUGACCCCAAGGACUGGUCGCUCCUUCUGACGGACAAGAUGAGUGGACAACUGAAGACUUUCCUCGUUGAGACGGGACUGAACUUGCAUCAUGACUUCGAGUCAGUAAAGGUAAAGUUAUUCACGCACGCAGGUUUCAACGAGGAAAAGUAUAGGGUCAGAUUCCACCAGCUGGUACCAACACACGACGAUAUGAGAAGCUUCGCAGUCAACACAGAAGCCGCGUUGAGAGCGUGGGUCCGGCAGUCGGAUACAAAGGAAACGUUUGAGGACUUGGUGAACCUCCUGAUUGUUGAUCGGAUAAAAUCGGUGGUCACAUGUGAUCUGUUGGAGAGGCUGAAUGGUGCUGCUAAGAAGCUGUGUAUGAUGAUUACGGGCUGGAGAUGAUUGAUGUAGUUAAAAUGGCUAUCGAGAAGGGAACUCAGUUUGAUCGCCUUUAAGGAAAGAUGACCAUCUAUGGCGACGUACGCAUCUGCCGAUGGGCCCUUGCACUACAGGAAUUAGCCUGUACUGGGAAACAUGUCAAGGGAACUGAGAACUUUGUAGCAAACAAUCUAUCAAGAGUGUUUUACGACAACUAGUGUAUAUGAUAUUGAGAAAUUUAUUAUUGUUGGAGAUAGUAUGAUUAUGUUAAGGAAUUUACUAUUGGGGCGUUAUAAUGUGAUUAUAUUGAGAAAUGUUUGAGAAAGGUAUUACUGAUGCAGUAUAGAAUGAUUAUGCUGAUUAAUUUUUUUUAUUGUGGCUUCUCACAUGUAUCAUUAUAGGUUGAGAUAGUCAGACCACGAGCUUGGUGCCCGGCCGGAGAAAAACCAUAGUCCACUCUCAGGACCGAAUUGUUCAAGCUGGAUGCGAGCCACAAUCUGGAUCAAACUGUCCAGGCUGGAUACAAGCCACACUCUGGAUCAAACUGUCCAGGCUGGAUACGCGCCACACGGUCAAAACGAGGCUUCCUAAGGACUAAAGAAUAAGUAGUCGAGCUCGGGCACCAACAGUGGCUAAUGGAACAAGAAAUAUUUUAUCUCUUUGAAGAAAAAGAGAUCUGAAGGUGGAGGGGAGGGAUGUUACGUCCCUUACAUGUCCCCUGCUUGUGUGUGUGUGUGUGUUGUGUGCUGGAACGACAGGUACCCUCCCUUUGGUGUAUAGUUGUAUCCCUUGGUUGAGUGUGUUUACAUGGAGCGAGAGGUGUUCACGUGAGGUGUGUCAGGUGACGGGUGUCAGAGCGUGUGCUAGUGUGUGAAGCAGUUAGUUGGAGUGUGGCUGUGGACGU